UUUGUGAUGCCAUCAACCCGCGCGCCGCCGCCCGCCCCGCUGCCUUCUGCGCAGUCGCGGCCCGGGCAGCACGGCGGCUGGCGCUCGGCGGCGGCGGGCUGCGGCCGGGGAUGCUCCAGCGGGUGCGAUGGCUCCCGCCAUGCAGCCGGCCGAGAUCCAGUUCGCUCAGCGCCUGGCGUCCCACGAGAAGGGCAUCCGGGAUCGGGCGGUGAAGAAGCUGCGCCAGUAUAUCAGCGUGAAGACGCAGAGGGAGACAGGAGGUUUCAGCCAAGAAGAACUUCUAAAAAUAUGGAAAGGGCUCUUCUAUUGCCUGUGGGUGCAGGAUGAACCCCUUCUACAGGAGGAGCUAGCGAACACUAUAUCCCAACUCAUCCAUGUUGUUAACAGCUCAGAGGCUCAGCACCUGUUCAUCCAGACCUUCUGGCAAACCGUGAACCGGGAGUGGCCAGACAUCGACGGGCUGCGUCUGGACAAGUACCACAUGCUGAUCCGUCUGGUCCUGAGGCAGUCCUUUGAAGUUCUGAAGCGAAACGGCUGGGAAGAAAGCCGAAUCAAGCUUUUCCUGGACGUCCUGAUGAAGGAGAUCCUGCAUCCUGAGAGUCAGUCUCCGAACGGAGUGAAAUUCCACUUCAUCGAUAUCUAUCUGGAUGAACUGUCCAAGGUGGGAGGGAAAGAGCUGCUGGCCGAUCAGAACCUCAAGUUUAUUGACCCGUUCUGCAAGGUGGCCGCCAAGACUAAGGACCAGACUCUGGUACAGACUAUAGCUAGGGGUGUUUUUGAAGUCAUUGUAGAUCAGUCUCCUUUUGCACCUGAAGAGACGGUCGAGGAACAGAAAACCAAAGUGGGUGACAGUGACCUCUCUGAGGAAGAGACGUCUGGAAAUGAGAUGACGUGGAGAAAAGCAAUCAGUAGAAAGAAAACAGCACUGGGCAGAUAUCACUGCAGAAAAGAGGGAGUCGCUGAGGAAGGCAGACGGGGCGGCGGCGGAGGCGUGGAGGACGCCGGGCUGCUUCUCCAGUUUGACUACAAGGCAGUUGCCGACCGACUCCUGGAAAUAACCAACAGGAAGAACAUCCCUCCCUUCAACAGGAAACGUCUCUCCAAGCUAAUCAAAAAAUUCCAAAAUCUUUCUGAAGCAGGCAGUAUCUCACACCUCAGUUUUGCUGAGGACGCUUCUGCUGACGAAGAUGACCAAAGCCUCAGUCAAGGGAGACAUAAGAAGAAAGGGAACAAACUUCUGGAGAAAACGGACAUGGAAAGAGGGAAAGGAGCCAAGUUCUCUCCUGCCGAGGAAGAGGAGAGCGCAGGCAGUGUUCCAAAGAGAAAAAGGAAAAAGAAGAAGAAGAACCACCUCCGGCCUGAACACUUGGGGCCCGGUGGUGAGGCCACAUGCCCGGAGCAGAAUGGCAGCCGGCAGCCGGAGGCCGGUCCCGGAAGAGCCCAGGAGGCGAGUGCGGCUGAGCUGGGGACGGUGGCCACGUCCUGGCCCCGGGAGCAGAGCGGCUCGGAGCCCGCCUCCGUGCACAGCAGGAGGAGACGACUGAGGAAGAGAAGCCUGAGGGUCCAGGUGGAGAGCCCGGAGGCAGUGGCCCUGGCUGGCGGCGCCCCGGUCCUGAAGAGGACGCGUGAGCUCGGCGCCCUCCUGGUCAACGGUGGCGGCCCGCCCACGCUGGCCUGGCCCCUGCCCCCUCCAGCGAGCCCAGCAGACAGAGGGGACUGCCCUGCCACCCUGCCCCAGGGCGGGAAGCUGAAGAAAAGGAGGAGGGAGUCGGGCGGCCAUGACCUCCACGACCUGUCUGCUCAGAAAGCUGCCGUUUUGAAAAAGAGGAAGAAAGUGAAAGAGAUGUCAAAGUGGGCGGAGCACAGAGGGGUCAAGCUCGUGCAGGCCCUGGGGAGCGGUGGGGCGCUCAGCCCUUUGAGGAAGCAGCUGAGGACCCAGAGGGACUUCGUGAAGUUUGACGCCUCCUCCUCCCCGAAGCCCCUGUUCUUCAGGAAGGCCAAGGGCAGCGGGGCCGCCACCUCGCCAGGCCCCGGGCUGCAGGUACCCGACCCCCACCCCGCCGCCCGCUGUCCCUCUGCCCCCCGGCCCACCACGGCCACCCGAGGCACAGAGGGCUCUGCGCGCUGGCCUCGGGCCCCACUUCUGGCCUCUGCCGCUUCUCGCGGCGUGCCAUUCUUGUUCAGGCAGCCAUUCCGGCCCCGGGCAGCCCGAGGGCUCAGCGGGGAGCUUGAGGUGUGGUCGGUGACACCGUUCCGCGUCGGCGGGACUGGGGUGCCGUGUCCGAGAAGUCGCAGGACUAGGCAGCGAAGGGGGGGACGGAAGCUCUGGGGAGUCUGGGUCCACAGAUCUGCCUGGGACACGAGGGGAGCGGUCAGAGCGAGUCGUGGUGGUGGGAGAGGGUGGUCACUGUUUCAGGGCUCAGGAAGGCAGGGCCAGCUGUGCCGGGUGCCCAGGCCGGGCCGCUGGGGGUGCAUCCAGUCCACCUCCAGGAGACAGAGGUCCUGGCGGAGCCCUUGUGGCGGGCGGGCUGAGCUGGCCUGCGGACACCCCCGGCGAGCGCACAUUUAAAUAGCACCCACUCGAACUGGCAGGGUGGCCGCGGCCUGUGUUUCUUUUAAGGAAUCUUAGGGAUAUUUGUUCAAUGACUCAAGACUCACACAAGCCAAGUCCGUCUCUUAAAAUGUUGGUAUUAAAGCAAAAAUGGUAUAAAGUAGAAUUAUGGGAUUCACACAGAUUUGGGAUUCUAAGACGGAUUCGAUAAAGUGCUUCAUAAUGCAGAGUGGGGACGCGUCUAGGAAUUUGUCAGAUAGGAAGCAGUUACUUAAUUUUGAUGAAUUGUUAGAACAUCCAAUCCGCUUGGAGUCCUCCUGCACGAGAAGUUGGGAAGUGCUCGUCCGUUGCCCCCAGAAGUCAGGUUCCGUGACAGGAGCGGGCCCAUCGCUCCCCUCACGAGGUCACGGCGGGGCUCUGGGACGAGGUGGAUGGAGUUAAUGGUGAGCUUCCUCUUGUUCCCGGGAGGUUUCAAACACCGUGACUUUGCUCUGCUCUCCUCCCCGGGAACCCAGGGACAGGCGGUUACUGCCGAGCGGGGCUGGCCCGCCAGUGCCGGGCCUGCGGCGCGGCCGCCGUGGGCUCUCGGGGCAGCUGGCCGCGUCCUUUGCUCCUUUCGGUGUCGUUUUCUUCUGCAGCCACACAGGACGCCGUCCAGCUCCAAGAAGGUGACGUUCGGGCUGAACAGGAACACGACGGCGGAAUUCAAGAAGACGGACAAGAGCAUCUUGGUCAGUCCCACGGGCCCCUCCCGGGUGGCCUUCAACCCUGAGCAGAGACCCCUCCAC